AUGCUUUCUCUGGAACUCGAGAAAAUCUUUUGUCUCGAUCGCCGCGCCGAGUCACCGACGUCAAGCGAAACUAACAAAAAUCCUUUGUCUCUCGUUUCAGACGACGAGAACUCGUCGGUGCAUGGUAUCGUGACGGAAGAAGGACUGUUCGAUGGUACUAUCACCACAGCAUCCGACGAGAUCUACAUCGAGCCAACCAGCAGAUACGUUCCGCUCGUGUGCCAUCGGCAAGAUGGCGAGGAUAAAGACACGACAGACUCCGUGCAUCACCAUACGAUCGCGUAUCGUUCUGUGGACGUGGAAGUACCGCGUCGCGACGGAUAUCCGUGCGCCAGCGAGCUUUUGCGAGAGAACACGUUAAACGAAUUAAGGUAAACGCAUUUUCAACUUCUGUUUUGCCAUUGAGUCCAUUAUUUCGGCAGAAUGCCACGCGGCAAAAUGGAACGGCAGGAAUCUCCGGUAGCGGUGAAGACUCUAAAACGCGGGCUAAUUAAAUAA